AAAAAUUAUUUUUAUGCACCAGUUUCCGUAACUAUUGUAUGAAUAAUGUAAAUUUUGUUGAAUUUCCAUUAAAAAAAUACUUUUAUUGACGUAUCUCUAUUCAUUUAUGUUGUGCAUUAAGGAAAGUCAAAAAUCAUAAGAUAUUGCCACACUCUUGUGAGCCACUGUACCUACAAAGUAAUUUAUUUAUCGCUUUUUGAGCGCACAAGAUUCGAUUUUUAAUUUUAAUUUACCCAAACUUUUGGCGGAUACGAUCAAAACGCUAACAAUGGUAACGAUCAUUUCAAGCUAUAACCGCCAGAUGACACCAGAUAUGAAGGCUAUAUAUAUACAACAGUUUGAAGACCAGCCUUGUUUCAAGUCCCUUAAUACAAACUUUCCUAACGUUUACGAACUUGAAUAUAAUUUCUUCAAAGCAGCUCAGUACAUUUUAACAAGCUAUAGCGAUAAAUGUAACAGAUCAAUACAAUUAAGAGCACCUAGUGAAAGAACGUUAUGGGUUGACCGAAUUGCUUCAAUAUUUCAAACGUUAGGUGAUCAAACAGGUCUCAUUGGAUUGAAUGUUUUCAUUAAACGUCAUAAUGAAAUUCUACCAAUGGAGGCAUCUAUCGGAUUAGAGAAAAAAGAUAUGGAGCAUACCAUGGAAGACAUGCUUAAAAAUUUAAAUUCAACCAUAGCUUUCAUCAACGGGAUUGGUCGAAAAUAUCUCGAUGCAAGCCAUUCGACGUUCAAAAAGUUACACGUAGUUAGUGUUCAAUCGGUCAAACAGACAAUAACAUUAACAUCAACCCGCAUUGAUAUUACAAAAGUGGACUAUUGUGUUAUGACAGAAGAAGUACGUUGA